CUAAAUAAUACAUCUCAUAUUCUCGAUAUUCUGUACGCGCUCUCUAUGACCGAAAUCCGAUCUUCGGUAAAAAACGAUUAUUAACAGAAAGAUAUUUUGGUACAGUCGUUCAAAUAACAUUAGUUUUAUUGCAUAUGCAUUAAUUGAUCUUGGGAAUCAGUACGCAAUAAACGAAUUUCACAAGAAUUCCUGUUUUUCAAAAUCUAAUUUAUUGCAAACGAGCAAUUAAAAAAAUUGUACCGAUUAAGUUGAAAGGAAUAAACAUAAUAAAAAAUUUUACCUAACUGAUUUAAUUAAAAUUGCAGUUGGAAACCAUGAUGAAAAAAGAGGACAAAGCUCAAUUAUUGUCACUGUAUGGAUUUAUCGUCGAAGCAAUCUGGUCUUCAUCAAAAACAGAAAAGCAAUAGGUCUCAAAUUUUUGACUGAUAUCUUGCAAACGUUAAAUUUAAUAUAAUAUCACAUGUGAACAGGAUCCGAUUGCUCUUAGCCCAUUUGCGUAUUCGCAAAUAUAACGCUAUCUAAAUAUUUUUCCAUCAAAUAUUACAGGACGAAUCAAUCUAAUGACACAGCAACGUAUUGAAAGAAAGGAAGAAAGAAGUUAAAUUAUGAUAAAAUAUUACACGUAAUGUUUUAUACUAUUAAGCAUAUUAUGCUUUAAAAACAAUAUUUUAUACUAAUAGAGAAAAAGUAUAUUUAAAGAACAGAAGUAUAUUUACGGAACAGAAUAUCAGAACGAUUCUCAGUUACAAUAUCUGAUGGUAUGUUAAAAAUGAAAAUAUGGGUACAUUAAAUAUAUAAAAUAAAAAUUGGUAUUAAAAUUAUUUAACCAAGUAAGUAAAUUUUAGAAGAAGAAAGUCAGUACUUUUCGAUAAAAUUUUUAAGUAUAGCAUUCCCUUCAAUACUACGACUUGUGUCUGCAUUGCGCGAGUGCUUGUAUACUGCAAACGGAAGUUCAAAAUGUAAAAUUAAACGGAAUUUUAAAAUAUAAUUUAUAACUGAAUUUUUCAAAACUUAAUUUAAAUAUUCAUAUAAAAUAGAAUUAUUACUUUGAUAACAUUAAUUAAUUAAUUAAUAUAUAUGCACCACCUUAUUUAUAUAAGUUAAUAGUAUAUAUUUUUAUGUAAUUAUAUUUAAUAUCAACUAUUUAUUAUUAACUUAUUAUAUAUAUGUGUCGUACGGAUGAUAGCUGAAUAGUUGACGUACAGUUUAUAAUAUUCGCAAGGUACACAUGUACACAUUUUAUUUGCUAAUGGCUAUUCAAAACUCGUUAUUUCGCCAGUUAUAAGAUACAUUGUCAACAAAUCGUCAAGAAUAUUCAAGAACAUAUUCAAAUCUAUCAGUAGUGUCCUUCGGGCUAUCAUCAACUGAACAUCUAAACUGAAUUCGUGUACAGAAUUAUCAUAUUCGCUCAAAUAUCCAACAUUAUUUCUAAGUGAAUAUAACGAUUAAAGUAUUUGACAACUGUAAAUUACAUUAGUAAAUCAUGUAUAUAAGUCACCGCUUGUGCGUAUUCGAUAAAUUAUACACAGAAGAUAAUUAUAAUGAGUUUUUCAAUCCGAAUAUCUGUCAUGUCUGCAAGAAGCCAAGUCAAGACAAAUUAAUACCAUGUGGUUCGUGCGACAUGGUCUUUUAUUGUUCCACGGAGCAUCAAAUAAUGCAUCAAAGCUCGCAUAUGGAAGUCUGUGCAGUUAUUCCAUUUGCAAGAACAGAAGACUUGGAAUUGAACGCUCAUCCUUUUAACUCAGAUGAUGAAUGGAGGUCAUUUCGAAAGACAUUUAUGCAAGGAAUUCGAAUGAAAAUAACACGUGAUCUAAUGCCGUACGAGAAAGAGAUGAUAAUGUGCGCAAAAUCAUGUCUCAUUUGUCAUCAACAGAUUAGUCUGCAAACUUGCAGGACCUGCUUUUCCGCCAAUUAUUGUGACGUGCACCAAUUGAAUUUUGUAAAAAAACAUAAGCCAAUGUGCUUGAAUUUAUUGAUACAUCUGAAUUUGAAUAUCUUACGUAUAAAUAAUUUUAUAAAAUCGUAUUCACAUUAUAUAAAAUUUUCCAAAAUAAAAAUAGAUUUUGAUAACAUGUUUACAUUUAUUAAUCAAUACAUUGUUAGCCAAUAUAAACUGUCGAAAAUUUGGGAUGCGAAUUGUUACAUAUUGUCGAAUUAUAUAUCAGCGCCACUGACACUAUAUUACGGGUUAAAGGAAUUCGCAAAUUUAUUUGAAGAAACACAGAUUUAUAGACAUGAAUAUUUUGUUAACCGAAGUGGACUCUACGGAAGUUAUCUCUUUAUUGUACAUAUCAUAAAUGCGAGUUCAGCGGAUGUAGCGGGCUUACCAUUAUGGGAGAUUUUCUUACAUAUUUGCCAUGAAUUUAAUUCGUUUAAGAAAAUUAGGGAAUUAAGAGUUAUAGUGGUUCAACCAGAAACGGAUUGUAACAGGAAUGAAUACUACAAUGUUUGCAGCAUUUGCGUUUUUGCAAACAGAAAACUAUACCUUGGGAAUGCACGUGUGUCAUAUGACGAUUAUAUUCGCACACAAUUAUAUAAGGAAGCAAAUAUCAUAAUUGCAUUUCAAGCAGAAUUUGAUGCGGGGAGUGCACCGUUUGAAAUUUUCCGCGCAACACAAGAUCGUAAAUGUCCGUUUUUUUUCACCACUGCGUCACAGAAUGAAGCAGAAGAGGGCAUAAUGAAGUUACAUGAAGUAAUGAAUGUUCCUAGAGAACAUCGUUCUGUAGAAAAUAAAUUUCGUAGUUAUAGACCUUUCAGAAAUUACGGGACAGGUGAAAUUUAUUAUCGUAAUGCUUAUUUAGUUGUGUCCUCAUGAACUUAAAUAAUACAAGCGAGAUAUUUAGUUAAUAUAUA